CAUCGCUGAAGCGUGCACGUGUUUCAUUCAUUUCUCCGCGCGUAACACGUGUUUUACGAAUAGCUAAUUCCAUUUAUAAAAGUGCAUGCAAUAAGAUAUAAUGAAUUUUACUCGUUUAAAUUUUACUUAGUGGUACUUUUUAGUGAAAUAAGAAUACGUUUGAGAAAACAAAUUAUUAUUUAUAUAAAUAAUAAUAGUGAUAAUAUAGAUGCGACUGGUUUCAGUGGAUAUAACAUUUUUUUUAAUAGUUAAAUAGUGUUUUUUUUUUUAUUAUAGUGAUGUUUUUAGAUAGAAAUGUUUUUAGGAUUGCAUUAUUGGUGAUUAUGACUGUGGGACGCGUCAAAAAUGGAGCUUGUUCCAGGUACUGAGCAUACGACGCAAAAAGAAACCAGACCGGAAUACAUACAUCCAGAUGGGCUAAUAAACUUCGAUCCCUACCUCUCAGACUUCAAACCCGUGGAGGACGACGUAGACUAUAUACCUCUACCUGAAAACGACGAGACAAUUGACGGUCUCCCAAUAUUUCAACUAGAACCAAAGAACUCCUAUGUCUUAAGAACAAAACCGGCCACACUACUUUGCAGAGCAGCUAAUGCUUUGCAGGUGUUCUUCAAAUGUAAUGACGUUAGAACAGAGAAGACGAAGCAGUUGGAACAUGUUGAUCCUCAAAAUGGAGUCAGAGUAGUGGAAGCAGAAUUAAAUGUUAGCAGGAACGAGAUAGACGACUAUUUCGGUGGGAAGUACAGUUGUGAAUGCUACGCUUGGAAUAGCAAGGGGAGGAUAAGAAGUCAAGCUGUUUUUAUUGAAUAUGCAUACAUAAAGAAGCAAUUCAACCACCAACCCCAGUCGGUAACGGUUGAAGCCGGCAGGGGGGUUAGUUUCCGCUGCGUGCCCCCACCUGCCGCGCCGUCCGCUACCAUCAAAUGGUCGAGAAACGGGGCUGUGUUGGAAGCCAGCGAUGAAACGCUUGUCUUACCGAAAGUUGAUUUGCAGGAUAUGGCAAACUACACGUGCAUAGCUGAGAACAUUGCUGGCCGACGGGAGUCCGAUGUCGCUGUCCUAUCUGUGUAUGUGAACGGCGGCUGGUCGGAUUGGUCGCCAUGGUUACCGUGUCGUUGCGGUGCGCAAACAAGCGGGCGGCGGCGCACGCGCACCUGCACGGAGCCCGCCCCCGCUAACGGCGGAGCGCACUGUAGAGGGGCGUCUUCGCAGAGCGACGACGACUGUAUGAGAUGCCAAAAUGGUGGCACCUGGUCUUCAUGGGGUACAUGGUCCUCAUGCAGCGAGGAUUGCGUCAGGGUGAGAAGAAGAAAAUGCUCCGGAUCCUGCACAGAGUCCUCUUUGCAGCACGCCUCAUGUGUGGACGGAUUAUGUUCUACAGGAAUGAGAUUAUACACAAACAAUACCACUAUGUACGUGGGGAUUGGUAUCACGGUAGUGAUGCUGGCCGCUGGAGCAGCUAUUCUGUUCGUUUGGUGCAAGUACAGGAGCGGUAGACCCGGGUACGCUGCUGGUAGAGCAGGUAUACCGAAAUCGUACUCGAACCGCGACAAGGGAAACACCGCGCCGGACCUAACACGCACGUGCAAUGAGUAUUGGAUGCAGGUGCCUGAUAAUCACUAUGAUAUGCCACAGCUGAGAGACAGCUAUUCCUCUCCAUUUGGCAACAGAAGUCGCCAACAGUCGACGGCCGGCAGCAAUCACUACGAGAUGAAGCCAUAUAGCCCGUCCGCUGACUCCGCAUCUAGCUGUUAUACCAACUCAAGAACUAUGACGUCACGGUCCAGUGAGUGCUCCUCGUCGCAAAUGGCGGACCUAGUGACGUCAUCACCUACCUCGAUCUCAAAGGUGGACGUAGCAGUCACCUUACCCACUGGCCCUCUGGACACCAGUUAUAGAGAUAAAAUAUGUUUGACCAUUGUCAAAUGAACUGUUAUUAUUUAAUAACAAUAAUUAUUUAACCAAAAUGCAUUUAUUGUUUUGAUUGUAUGGUUUUUUUUUAUGUGCGAUUUAUGUAUACUAUUAAGUUAGUAAUUUAAACAAUGGAUCACUUGUAAGUUGUAUAUAAGUCAGUCAUAACACAGGAAUGGGGAAGCGUCAUCAAUUUGCUGGAAAAGAACUCUUACAGAGUUAAGCUCGCCUGUUGUACUGUACAUCUUUAUUUAAAAUAAAUUAUACCAAUGUAAUUUUUGUGUAUAAUAAAAUUUAAAUAAAUAUAUUUUUAUAACACGAAGGUGGUAAACAAGCAUACAGCCCGUCUGAUAGUAAACGGUCACUGUAACCUAUGGGCAUCUGCAACGUUAGGCGUGUCACGUACGCGUUGCCGACCCUGAAGAAACUUUAAGACACUUCUUUUAUAGAACCCCAUCCUGUAAGGUAGAUUCUAGAAAAAAAUAACUUGACACGAAUCUUAUUUUAUGACCUCUGUGUUUCUUAUUUAUUAUAUAUAUUCGCUUAAUUAUUUAAUUACAAAACAAAAUACAUAUAAUUAUUAAUCGAUUUCCCCACAUUAACUGUCUCGUAGCGUUGAAAAUUAUAUCAGACACAAUUUUAAUUAUAAUUAAAUUAUUAUAAUGCAUAAUUUAAAAUUCAAGUUCAAAUACGCUUUGAAAACCUUUUGUUGAAACCUUCAAGAAAAGAGCAUUUUCCUUUUUAAAAGCCGGCGACAUAUUUGCAAUUUCUUUAAAAUUUGUAGGCGCCUAUAGGCGACCAUAGUCGCUUACCAUCAAGUGAGCUGCAUAUUAGUUUUUCUUCUAUUUUAUAAAAAAAAACAAUAUAAAAUAUCAAAUUCUAUGAUAAUAGAAUAGAAUAGAAUAAAUAUUUAUUGUGAGCAAUACAUUAUAAUUUUUCGUAAGAUGUUAUUUAGGUCUUAAAGGAAAACACAGCCCACCUAUACAUCGGGCAUACAAUACGAUUAAUUACAUAACAUAAAUUAUUUUACAAACAUACAAUAAAAUCGUCAAUAAAGUUGAAAAUAAAAUAAAGCACGUCAAUCGACAGUCACAAACUAACACGUGGUCACCAUUAGGAUAUGUUAAUGAUCACCUUAUGUAUUAAUUAAAUUAUUUAUAAUGUCAAAAUAAAAAAAAAAUGUCUAAAAGCAAAGAAUUCAUUCAAAUUGUAAAAAGCAUUUUCAAUUAGCCAUUUUUUUUUAAUAAUAAUUUGAAUUUUUAAUUUGAACCUGUUUUUGAUAAUAAUCGUAAUAAUGUAGUGAGUUCAAACAACAGAACAAAAGUGCCUACAAUAUUAUGAGCCUGGAUAUAUACGUGUGUAUGUUUGUAUUUUAUAAAAAAACCGGCUUUAAUUGACAUGGACAUAACAGUAUACUCUGUUAUGUGCAUGGUACUGCUCAUGUCUAUAGGCGACGGUUACCACUUUCCAUCAGGUGGGCCGUCAGCUUGUAUGGCAUUCUAAGUUGUAUAAAAAAAAAGUUAAUUGUAGUAUAACCAGUUAUUUUUAUUUAAAAGCUGAACUACUGCACCGAUUUUGAUGAAAUUUCUAAGGGACCAAACUAUAAGUAUAGUCUUUUAGAUAUAAAAUGAAUUUUUAAAAUCGAUUUAUAAAUGACGGAGUUAAGAAACAUAAAAAAAUAACCGAAUAGAUAACUUCCUUCUUUUAAAAGUCAGUUAAAAAUGAGAUAGAUAUUUAACCAAAAGCGGGUAGAAGUGUUAUUAUAGGUGUUCGGUAGUAAUGAAUCGGUUUCAUUAUGACAUCCCACGGUCCCACAGGUGGACCUCCAUAGUAAGAUCGUUUAUUUGUUAUUUUACUUUUAAUAUAAAAAAUAUUAAGGUUAACACAAGUCUGUUGUUAUUAAAGAUACUAUGUAAUCCUAGUAUAUAAUUGUAAAUAAUGUAUUUAAAAACUGUGAUAUUUUAUAUAUUAAAAAAAAAAUUAAAAAAAAUUA